UUGUUCUUCCUUCCUCUUCUUCUUCCUCUUGCAGUACAGAACACAGAGAUCUGUCUACGGUUUUGCUCAGUCCUUCAUACUAAGGGCGUUUCUCUUCUUUCUUGUGGUCUCUCUUUAUGCUGUUGCUUGGACGGAGAUCAAAACAUGGACUUGGUCUUGUAUGAAAGUAUCAAAGGACGGAGCAUUCUGUCUCCAGUUCCCCUUCAAUUAGCUUUCCUACCACCACCGCCACCUCCUCCUAUUGUUAACUUCGAGAACAAGAUUACUCCUAGUAUCCUUCUCAUAAUUGUCAUUUUAGCAGUCAUCUUCUUCGUAUCUGGUCUUCUCCACCUGCUCGUGAGAUACCUCCUCAAGCCUAACGACAGGGAACCGGAUGCUAUAAGCAAUGUCACAGUCUUCCAAGGCCAACUCCAGCAGCUCUUCCAUCUCCACGACGCAGGGGUGGAUCAGUCCUUCAUAGACUCUCUUCCUGUCUUCAACUACAAAUCCAUUAUAGGCCUCAAAGAUCCCUUCGAUUGCGCCGUGUGCCUCUGCGAAUUCGAGGCUGAUGACAAGCUCAGGCUACUCCCCAAGUGCAGCCAUGCUUUCCACUUGGAAUGCAUCGAUACUUGGCUGCUGUCCCACUCCACUUGUCCUCUUUGUCGAAGGUGCCUCCUCCUUGACUUCUCCCCUAACGACAGUCGCCGUCCUGUAGUCCUCGUUCUCGAGUCUAGCAGUGAGAGUUCCAGAGAGAUUGCAUCUGAUAGGGGAGACCAUGGGCCAAGUCCUAACAUUGGUCUCCCUGGAGAUGAUGAUGGCUUACGGUCUUUGAUCAACGAUACAUCACAGAAGCCGGAGGAAAUCGCAGCAGAGGAGGAGGUCGGGUUGGGGAUCUCAGUUGCAGAGGUUGCAGAAGCAAAAGUAGUGCCUGUCAAGCUCGGAAAAUUCAGGAGGUUGGAUAUCGGCGGAGGUCAAUGUCAAGGCACUACCAGCGGCAAUAGUGGUUUGGAUCAAAGGAGGUGUUUCUCCAUGGGUUCCCACGAGUAUGUGAUGGAUGACAGAUCUUUGCUUCGAGUUGCUAUAAGGCCAACCAAGAAGAAGCCAGCUCUCAAGAAGUCCAUCCACCGGGUUGCGAUGUCAGAAUGCGAUUGCCACUCGAAAAGAGAUGGAUUCAGCGGGUUUGAUGCAUCAAGAAGAAUGGAGCUCGGAGGUGAUGAUGGUAAUGCAAGCAUGAGUGCCAAUCUCCACAAGAAGGAAAGUUUCUCGGUCUCAAAGAUCUGGCUACGAUCAAGAACGGACGAGCCGAUUGCUGAGGACGCAUCAAGGCGGGCUUUCUCUUUCCGGUCGCCACUUGGCAUGGCAGACAGAGAUGAACGGAAACUGAAGAAGAGUGUCAGCACAGUCACAGCACCAUCGGAGUUCCAAAGCCGGAGUGAGCUGGAUCUGGAGAUGGAUGCUGGGAGCUGCAACAACAGUGUAAUAUCAAGGGCGGAUGAAACACCUUCAUUCGCAAGAAGAACUUUGCUCUGGAUCGUAGGGAGACAGAACAGGAUAGGAGACCAUCUCUGAUGUCCAUCUUUAGCCAAUUGCUUGUUCCUCGGAUUGCUACAAUUUCUCAAGUGAUCAAAGAAGAAGAAGAAGAAGCUAAAGAUAGACCAUUUCUAUAUGGUUUUUGUGAUUAUUCCUGUUGGAAUUUAUUUAGAGAUUCAUCAAUGU